GAAGAAAGUCAUCGUUGGCAGCCUCUCGGCACAUCUCAGCAUUUACAGAUUGACGUUAAAGACCCUGGUUUAUUUCGUUUUUGUGGCACUAACUCAUUAUUCUGUGACAAUGCAACCAAAUCUUCCUAGGAUGACCCUUUGCUUUCUUGGCGCAGUAAUACUGUGUGGGGUGCAGAAUGUGAAAACCGCCACAACAGUAAAUCCAUCAGCUGCUGCCACUGAUCAAACCUCAGCUAGUCCGCCCAUCGCACCCACAAGUGGCGCAACUGAUCCGCCCAUCGCACCCACAAGUGGCGCAACUGGUCCGCCCAUCGCACCCACAAGUAAUGUAACUGGUCCGUCCAUCGCACCCACAAGUAACGUAACUGGUCCAUCCAUCGCACCCACAAGUGGCGCAACUGGUCCAUCUGCCACAAACACAACUGGUCCAUCUGCCACAAACACAACUGGCCAGUCCACAGGCACAAGCACUGCUUUUGUAAACCAAUCAACCCCUAACACUGGGCCUGUGGCAGGAGGUUCAUCAGAAGAACUUUCAUCUGGCGCCAUAGCUGGUAUUACUAUCGGCUCUAUUGCUGGUGUGGCUGCAGUUGGUGGUGGCAUCUUUGGCGUGCUGAAGUACACCGGGAGGGUCUGAGACCUGGUCUUGUCAGACAAGGAACUAAAUGGUUAAGGGUUGUAAGAUAAAACAUUUUCCAUGAUGAAGUCAAACUGAUUCAAUUUUGAUGUAACUGGACAAUGAAAAGAACCUGAAAGGCCCAAAUCAGAGUAAAACCAUUUGCCUAUAUACUAGAAGAUGAUGUCAUGGGCCAGUAGGAAGGCAUAAAAGACAAAAAUUCUGUUUAUUAAUAAUAAUAAUAAUAAUAAACUACAUCCAAUCCCAGCCAACAUUGGGAGAGAGGUGGAGUGCACCCUGGACAGGCCAUAAUUAACCAGAUGUAAUAAGUAAUUUUUUGUAGCAGAAAUGAUACUGUAUUCUUGAAACAUGUGCAGUAACUGAGAUUUCACAAAUAAAUAAGACCGACGUCAAUAUAUAAAAAUACAUACAUUUGCUUUUUUUUUAAAAUAAGGCCUGGUUUUUGAGCAGUUUUGAAUGUUGAUGGUAAUAUUUUCUUAUAAUUAACUGGACUUAAGUAAGAAACAUUGCCUACAAUUUGAUACUAAGCAAAUAACAUCCUGUGGUUUUUAUUUUACAGCUUUACUGCUACACUACUGAAGACAGCUGUGAGCUUCUGCUAAAAACAGAGCUGAUAAGAGAGAUAAGACCGAACCAUAAAUUUGGAACAGAAAAGCCAAAAUAAUGAGAUAAAAUAGGUUAAAAUGUUUCAUAAACCUCACCAGAGUCACAUUAGAUGUAGGCUAGUUGUGUUUAAUUCAUCAUAUUAUAUUUGACUAGAGGAGCUUAAGAGUAAUUCUUAAGAAACAUUAGAGUGCGAAGUCAUUCACCUUUAAUAGUGGAUUUUGAGUCAACAUGCAGUGUGGCUUUGCUAGGGGUAUGGCAAAGACUUUGCUACAGACUGGGAUAUAAUAUGAUUGGUAACAACUGAUAAGUAAAAUGAAAGAGAAGUAUAACUUAAAAAAAAAAAUCAAUCUAUCAGAGAUUUUGGGCCUAACAUGCUAGUAUGGUAAUCUGAGAAAAUUUACUGACAUGAGCCAGGCUCCCAUAGCUUUAAAGUGGACUUUAGCCCACAUGAAGCUGGUCUCUAUGUUUUAUGGUAGCUAUGGAAGUGUCAACAACUCUUGGUGAUAACACUGAAUACAACAUCACUCCCAUGCAGGUAAAUUACUGUUAAUGACCUCAGCUCGUGAUCAGACUAUAUAGUGCACACAUGAGCCAGAGGGACUGUGUGCAUGUGUCUGUGUUACAUGCUGAAGUGAGGGGGUGUCCUAUCUGUGUGUUUGCUAAAAUGACUUAUCUUAUAUGAGCUUUUUUGUUCUUUUGUUUACUUUUUCUUCCAAAUUAGUCAUACAUGUGUUAAACUCAGAUUUAAGAUGAGCACAGAUAUACUUCGCUUCUUCAGAAGAUUAAUACAAAAACAGCCUUCUGGUAUCAACAUCUACAAAUACAGUACAUCAUCAGAAAAUAAUAAAGUGUGGACAGUGGUGCAACCGCUUUGAGGAAAAGUUAAAGAAAUAAAUAUUUUAUCUGCUUUUUUGACACUUUCUAAUUUGAAGUUGGGAGCACUUUGUUGUCACAGGUUGAGUGAAAUCUGUUGGCUACAGCUCAUCAUUUUCUGGUUGUAAAAUAUUAUAAAGUACAUGAAGUUGUUGUACAUAAAACUGCAAAACAUUGCACUAUCAACAUUAGUAUACAGUGUCUAGAUUAUAACAUUAUUACUACCUAUGGGACUCUGGAUAGAGACACAAUAAUAACAACACAUAGGACUUACCAAUAUUUGUUGAGAUAUUAAAAAGGCAACCUCAUGGUGGUGGCACUCUGAGAGCAAGGUGCCAAAUUACCACAUUAAUGACCAAAGUCAGCUGCCUUCGUCCUCUCAGAAACAUGUUUAAAAAAAAUCAUAGCAAUCCCUUGUAAAACAUGUUGAGAUAUUUCAGCCUGAACUAAGAUGAUGGACAAUUCCUAGUGGUGUGGUGAAACAAACACGUUUUGGUGCAAGACAAACAAGACAAAAGAAAUAAUAGUAGACUUCAGGAAGAACCCCUUCCCUCUGCUGCCUCAAAGGGACUGAG